CCCCCCCCCCCCCCCCCCCCCGCCGGCCGGGCCGGGCCGCUGCCAUGUUCACCAGCACCGGCUCCAACGGGUUCUAUAAAGCGCCUUUGUCAAAGAGUUUGUUACUAGUCCCAAGUGCCAUCUCGAUUCUAUUGACUCUGCUCUUCCAACACUAUCAGAAGUUCUUUGCGUAUAACCUACAAGCUGUAAAAGAGGAUUUUCAGAUUUGGAGACUUGUAUGUGGAAGAACAAUAUGUCUUGAUUUGAAAGACACAUUCUGCAGCAGUCUGCUCAUUUACAACUUCAGAAUAUUUGAAAGAAGAUAUGGCAGCAGAAAAUUUUCAUCUUUUUUACUGGGCGCUUGGAUGCUCUCAGCUUUGUUUGAUCUUCUCCUUGUAGAAAUCACUCAGUAUAUAUUUGGCAUCACCAUCAACAGCUUGCCUUCUGGUUUCUUGGGUCCUGUGUUUGCGCUGUUUGUUCCAUUUUAUUCCUCCAUUCCAAGAGUGCAGGUGACACAAGUAUUGGGCCACUUUUCUAUCACAAACAAGUCUCUGGUCUACAUACUGGGUUUACAGCUCUUAACCUCUGGUUCCUACAUCUGGAUUUUAGCCUUAAGUGGAUUGAUUUCUGGGAUUUGCUACAAUAGCAGUAUCUUAAAAGUUCAUCGAAUUCUUUGUGUACCCAGAUGGGUAGCAAAGGUAUUUUCUUGGACUCUUGAACCAGUCUUCUCGUCUGCGGAGCCAACGAAUGAAGUUCGAGUGGGAAUGGGAGCGACAGUUGACAUCCAGAGGCAGCAGAGAAUGGAGUUACUGGACCGGCAAAUCAUGAUGUCUCAGGUUGCCCAAAUGAGGCGGCAGAGGCAGCAGCAGGGUGGGAUGAUUAACUGGAAUAGACUGUUUCCUCCUUUACGUCAUAGACAUAAUGCGAAUUAUCAAGAUCAUCACCCGUCUGAACAAGGCAUACCUCCACCUACAGAGGUUUCUGAAGAGCAGGUUGCACGACUUAUGGAAAUGGGGUUUUCCAGAGGAGAUGCUCUAGAAGCUCUGAGGGCUUCAAAUAAUGACUUAAAUGUAGCCACUAAUUUUCUACUGCAGCACUGAUGGUUUUGUGUGUGAAAGAACUUCACCCAUGGGUUUGUACAUGCCUGGGAGAGGAUCAAAGCCACCUGCUGGGCAGACUCACCAAGGUCGGCCCCCCAAGAGCGUCGGAAGAGAGAAACAGCUCCGCGUGACGGGUGACUCAGAGCGAUGUUCAGAAAUGAUGUGAACUGUUCCCAAGCCUUCGGAUCACUUGCUGGUUUCUAGUCUGGUUAUCCUGUUCAAAGUAACUUUAGUUUCUACUUGUUACUGGAUAUCACCUAAAUUUAUUUUUAAAUAAAAUAGGUGGGUUUUUGUUCUUGUAAAUCCUUGUUAGACGUUAUCAGAAUUAAUUAUUAGGGGGAAAAAAGGCUUCAACAACUACAACAGCUAGAUUCACCUGUCAAGAAAAAUAAUAUUUUCUUUAUUUACAAGUCUAAUUCCUAUAGCUUAAAUGUUAUUUUACAGUACUUGAUUUUUUAUUACAGUAAUAAGAGGUUUGAAGAACACUUAAUUUUCAACUCAAUAGAGGGUUAUGGGACUACUAUGUCAUUCUUUGCAAAGUUUUAUUAAUGCCUGUAAUAUUUUAUUUCUCAAAUUUCUUUUUGAAUAAAAGUUGUCAUUCAGCACGUAAUAGACAGAUAGGACGAGGGAAAAUUUAUACAUGUGUAUGGUGAGCUAUGGCAAGUGACCACUGUAAAUUUGAAUUUUUACAAACUGAGUGAAUUGCUGUUCCAAUACGGGUCAUGAAGAUACUCACUGGAAGCAAUAAAGGUGAAUUGAAUGAUGCAAUAAGAUCAGAACUGGAAUGAUGUGAAUGACUUCCAUGGCUGACUCAGAGAUGACUUCUGUAACAAUGGAUGUAUGCAGUGUCCUGUGUGCUGCUUUCAUUUUUUUUCACCUGGCUGCAUGCUGUCUUAAAAGAAAAUUACAAAAAGCUAACUUUUCUACAUAUAAUUCUAGUUUUCUAGUGUCAGAGAUGAGGAUGGCCCUGCAUUUGGAGAAUCCUCACUGUCUUAAGCAGCUUAGUGUUGACCACAGGCUGGAACAUUAAUAUUAGGGGUGAUCCAGGCUGGUGCAGGAGGCAACAGGACAGAAGUGCCAAGCUUGUGCCAUGCUGUGUUUGAAGUUUAGAUUGAUUCCUGAAUCAGCUUGCUUGGCUUGACUCUCCAAAGUGCUCAGUAUUAGCACCUCAGGACUUGCAGGAGGUGGGGUGCAGAGAGGGGAACAUAUCUAUAAAAGCAACCUGAAGGAAUAUAAGAUUCCAAAGUGCAACUCCGUGAAACCAACCUACACACAUCUCUUACACAUUUCAUGUAUGUUUCUGUAUGUACUUGUGUGUGUACAGCAUGUGCAUAUGUGUCUAUUUAUAUACACACAUAUUUAAUCCAUACAUACAUUUAGAAUGAGGUAUAGGUCAUAAGAAGUGUAACAGAGGCAAUAACAGGUGCAUAGGGGAUGUUUUGGAUAUCCAGAUGAACGCUGCGUACCACAGCGCAGAUCUUUUCAGUCUCACUUGGCCUGGAAAAUGUACCAGGAAAUUAGAGGACUAGAUUUAGAGGGAGAGAGAGAUACUUCUCUUUUCCUUUUCUCAUUGACUGAUAAAACUGAAAAAAGUACUUCAACCAUACAAGUCCUUAUCUAGAAAAUGCAUCAAAUUUGUACAGCUUUCAGCACAUUACAUAAUUUUUAAUAAAGUCAGUGUUCUGUAUAUAUUUCUCUGGUAUUUUGCAGUGGGUGAAGUAAAGGGUUUUUGGAAUGACAGUGCGUUUUCUUGGGCUUUGAUCAAUCUCCUUCAGGGUUUGGCUUGUUUCUAUGAUCACAUUACUUAGGGAGGAUUUGCUUUUUAAUUGAAGGGUUUUGUUUGUGUGAAGCUGAAGCUAUGUGUGUGUAGACCACAGACACUUCUGUACCCAGGGAACUCUGGAAACCUGCUGUCUUGGAAAGCAAAGGAUACGUGUAAGAAAAGGAAGUCCUACCGUAAUUUGUAUAUGCAGACUACUUAAAUGUUUUGAGACAAGUACAGGUUUUAAUUUUGAAACAUACUGAUUGUUCCUUCACAGGUAUUUUAUCCAAAAGUAGUAAUAAAGACUGGUAAAUUACUUCAGAAAUAAAAUUUUGUCUGUAGGAAAUAAAAGUCCACAUAUCCCAGAGUAAAUAAACAUACCCUUUUCAGACAUUGCCCUGCUAAAGUGACAAGCACAAAGAGUAUUUAUUCCUUGGAAUUUUAAAACAUGUUGAGUGGCAUAUGGGGUAAGUAAGUGGAUAUUUUCCAAGUCUAAAUCCUUUCUUACUGUUGCCUGUACAGGGGGUAUUCAAAUGCCAUGGCUCCAUGGAAAAUCCCAUUCUGCUGGGCAUUCUGCAAAACAUGGUUAAACCUAAGGGGUAAAAUGUGGGUCUUGGUGAUGUCAGUUUGAAAACUCCACUUGAUUGUGAGAAAAGUUUUGUGUUCAAAAUGCUUCUAGGGUUAUGAUUUCCAACUUUAAAAAAAAAAAUAAAAAAGAAGAAGUGGUAAGAGAAGGGAUCUGAGAUGCUGUUGAAAACAGUUCCUGUUUCACGCAAGAACCAUAGAAGAAAGAUUCACACGUUAGAACUGGAAAACAACUCAGUUUCCACUUGGUGAAAUUUUCAUGAACUAUUUCUGGGAAUGUGAGGAGCGUGUUCUUCACAGCCUACGCUGGGUUUGUCUGGUACAGUUUUGAAUGUCUCAUCACACAGUUUCUAAUCUGUGUGUGACACAAGCCAUAUUUUUUGGACAGCAUGAAGAAGGCAGAAUACUUUUCUAUGUAUUGAAUUUCAAGACCCUAGGAAAUUCACUCUAGUUCUGGUAAAGCUAAGAUUUUGUGUUUUGAAAUAAAAGUAGUUGCUGGUUUUAAAAUUUCCCUACUAGACUGGGAAUGUCAUCUUGUGAGACAGCACAGGGGUAACUUAUUGGGGGACUUUCCUAGACAGUUAUGUCACACUUUGAAAUACACCCACAGUGAGGCUGAUACUUGUGUAAAUCUACAUGAUAAGCCUACCAGGUUCAGGUUCUCAAGCCUUAACUUUUUUCCAAGAUGGAGAUUGGUUGGUCUCAAGACCUACCAAAACCAUUUUCCUCCCUCAAAACAAGUGUUGAAGGCUGCCUGUUGCUGAGCGAGCACAGGGACUGUCACAGCUGGUUCACGCACCAGCCUGUGCUGUCUAGCACUUACCAGUGCCUUUUGGAAUAUCUGGUGGAGAAAAGGUCUUGUUAUUUUUGUCUGGAAUGAGCCAGAAAAAUUUAUUUUGAGGUAUUGGGCAAAAGGCAGUGUU